AUGACGGAAAUAAAGAGAAAUAUAUCAGAGGUUGACCCGUUAUCUGACGAUCACAAUGACAAGAGAAUUCAUACAAAACCUGGUCGUAAGCCGUUAGACACGGAACCAAAAUCCAAGAGAACUGCUCAGAACAGAGCAGCUCAACGGGCUUACCGAGAGCGUAAGGAAAGAAAGAUGAAAGAUUUGGAGGACAAAGUACAACUCUUAGAAGACGAGCGAAUAAAGGCAGUGACUGAGACCGAUUUCUUGAGAGCCCAGGUCAGUAUGUUAAAAAAGGAGCUUUCCAAAUACAAUUCUACACUGGAUAUUCUUAAUUCGGUGCCUGCUCCGGAAACAAGUAAAGUAAUAGAGCAAAUUGAUGGGAACUACGUUCCAUCUUUAAGCUCUGAACAGCAUAGAAGUGAUUCAAACUUUUCAGCGGAGUUUCCAUGGUCUCGAGAUAAUUUGAAGAGGUUGCGAAAUACUAAGAGCAAUAGUCAAACACUGGAUUUGGUGAGUGGAUCAUCUUCCUCUACAUCACCUUUAAAUGAAAAUAUAUUGAUUUCACCUAAUUCUUCUUCCAACAAUACAGAGAGCGGCGGUUCAAAUCCUAAUACGGUCAAGUCAAACCAAUAUGACAAUUUGGAAUUUAGGAGCAAUUUUGAGGAACAGAUAGAUCCCUUUUGUAUGAAGCUUAAUGAAGCAUGCGGAACGAAACAAUAUCCAAUACCGAAAGCGAAGAGAGAUGACAACGGUUUUGAUGUCUCACCGUUCUCUAACAUUAUAACUCCGGGUAGCGUAAGGUCGACCAACAAGACUAGUGAUCCUUUCUUCAGUGGUACUGGUGGUGAUAGUUUUGAUUUUCAGUUACAACAAGGAGACGAUCCUUUGUCAUUCUUAAACGAUAAUAAUUUUGAUGUAUCUUUAGCAUUUGGUGAUAAUAAAAGUCCUCCGAAAGAUUCUCAUAUAGAUUCUUUGGUGACCGAGGAAUCAGUUUACGAUCCUUUGCGAGAUUCUGUUAAUCUUGACUUCAACUUCAAUGAUUUUGUGAAGAGUAGCUUACCAUCGGAUAGAGCAACCGAUGUAUCUUCACGUAAAAGAAGUGUAGGUGGCAUUGCCAAACAAGACAACAAAUAUGGUAAGGGUGAGGAAGAUGACAACGAAGAUGAUGAAGAAGAAGAUGAUAAUAUUGUUGUUCCAGCUCCUGAAGAAACAAUACGAUGCUCUGAGAUAUGGGAUAGGCUAACUUCGCACCCCAAGUAUACUGAAAUUGAUAUCGAUUGCUUGUGUAGUGAAUUAAGAACCAAAGCCAAAUGCUCCGAAAAAGGUGUUGUUCUCAGUUCAACUGAUGUUAAUGAGCUUUUAGAAAGAUCCGCAAAGCCUUAG